AUGAGUACAGACGGCAUAUCUGUGAACACCAUCGAUGCUGUUGAUAUACGGCGUAAUGAGCGGUUCCACAUGUUCCCCGAAGAGCGAGUGAAGUCUAUAGCUGGAAUCACGGGCGUGAUAGGCUUUUUCAGUGGCUUUUACGAUGGUAUCAAGUCUUCAUCCGUACGGUACCUCACCGAGAAUAGCCACAGACUUCCACGAAAUGUCGGUGGAUGGUACUUUUAUCACAAGAAGAAGAACUACAUCAUGCUAACUAGCGGCUUCAGAACCGGGGUGCGCCAUGGACUCAAGUACUCAUUGCUUGUGUCGAGUUUUUUUAGUGCUGAAGCGUUGGUGGACCAGGCGAGAGGUGUGCAAGACUUUUUGAAUACCACUGUAACGUCUUCUGUGUUCUUCACAACCUUUGCGUAUUACAAGAGACUAAGCCGAGUGCAGACGCUCAGCUAUGGGAAGAGGGGGUUCCUUUUUGGGUUGUGUAUUGGAGUCUGCCAGGAUUUAAUGAUAUGGAACAGAGGAGGAAAGGUGUGGUACCUUGAAGAAUGGGUCGUGAAAAGGUCUGGAACUCAGCCAGAGAAAAUGUAA